GGCGGGAAAACAAAAAGGAGAAACGACACAGAGGAGGGAGAGAGAGAGAGAGAGAGUGAGAGAGACGAUGAAGGAGAGAGGAGGCAAAGGACAACCGUCGGUGGACGAGCGAUACACUCAGUGGAAAUCACUUGUCCCAGUCCUCUACGAUUGGCUCGCCAACCACAACCUCGUUUGGCCCUCUCUCUCUUGCCGAUGGGGGCCACAACUAGAGCAAGCGACUUACAAGAAUCGUCAGCGACUCUACCUUUCUGAACAGACUGACGGUAGUGUUCCGAAUACUCUUGUCAUAGCAAACUGUGAAAUUGUAAAACCGAGAGUCGCAGCAGCAGAGCACAUAUCACAGUUUAAUGAGGAAGCACGUUCUCCAUUUGUGAAGAAGUUCAAAACAAUCAUACAUCCUGGAGAGGUUAACCGAAUCAGGGAACUUCCACAGAAUAGCAAGAUAGUGGCCACACACACGGACAGUCCUGAUGUCCUUAUUUGGGAUGUUGAAACUCAGCCUAAUCGUCAUGCUGUGUUGGGAGCCACAGAGUCUCGUCCGGAUUUGAUAUUAACUGGGCAUCAAGAUGAUGCAGAAUUUGCUCUUGCCAUGUGCCCAACUGAACCCUUUGUGCUCUCUGGAGGGAAGGACAAGUCAGUAGUGCUAUGGAGUAUACAUGAUCAUAUCUCUACCUUGGCAGCAGAUUCAGGGGCCACAAAGUCUCCAGGCUCUGGCAGUGCCAAUAUUAAGACCCCCAAGGCUGGCGGGGGUAAUGAUAAACCUGUGGACAGUCCUUCUAUUCAAGCACGAGGUAUUUUCCAAGGGCAUGACGAUACUGUUGAAGACGUGCAAUUUUGCCCUUCAAGUGCUCAGGAGUUUUGUAGUGUUGGUGAUGACUCUUGCCUCAUACUAUGGGAUGCAAGAACUGGUUCUAGUCCUGUCGUCAAGGUUGAGAAAGCUCACAAUGCUGAUCUUCACUGUGUUGAUUGGAAUCCUCAUGAUGUGAAUCUCAUUCUCACUGGGUCAGCUGAUAAUUCUGUUCGCAUGUUUGACCGUCGAAAUCUCACUUCUGCUUCUGGAGUUGGAUCCCCUAUCCACAUAUUUGAGGGUCACAAUGCUGCUGUCCUUUGCGUACAGUGGUCUCCAGACAAGUCGUCUGUCUUUGGAAGUUCCGCUGAGGAUGGCAUCUUGAACAUCUGGGAUCAUGAGAAGAUUGGUAAAAAGCAAGAACCCGCUGGAACAAAAGCUCCAAAUUCUCCCCCAGGCUUAUUCUUUCGUCAUGCUGGGCACAGGGACAAGGUAGUUGAUUUCCAUUGGAAUGCAUAUGAUCCAUGGACAAUUGUCAGCGUGUCUGAUGAUGGUGAAAGUACUGGUGGUGGUGGCACUCUACAGAUAUGGCGCAUGAUGGACCUGAUUUACCGUCUAGAAGAGGAGGUUCUUGCUGAACUGGAUAAAUUCAAGUCACACAUACUCACAUGUACCUCUUGAUAUAUCCAGAAGCUGCUGGAAACACUUGUAUUUCUUGUAAUCUUGGUUUACUGAACAAUAUGAAGCUAAUGACCACUAACUAAUUUGUAGAUUUUGUUAAUUUACUUAUCUAUCAUUUGGUGCUCGGUUGGCUGGCCUAGAUGGAAGAGAUGUGCCAUUAUGAUGCAAUUGUUCGGGAGUCUCUGUUCAUGUUACUGGGCGCAAAGUUUCUUUCUUUGUGAUCAAUUCUGGUGGGUCGAUAGAUGAUGACUCCUAUUGCUCUCUUCUUCCCUUUCAUCAUCUUUAGGAGGCAAUUGUUCUGUUGAUUUUGCUUGUUCCCUGUCAUUCUUCUCUAUUAUUGUUUCUUUUGAGUGUUUUUUUUUUGAAGCUAUGGUGGUGAUGGACACUUAAGUUUACAGUUUUAGAAACGAG